GCACGGCAAUGCGCAGGUGUGGUCUAGUUGAUGUCAUUAAAUGCUCUGGGAUUCCUUUUGUCAAACUUUUGCAGAUGAAGGUCCAGAGAAGCCUGCAGAGCUUUGUCUCCUCUACAUUUGACGGUUUUGACCUUCCUGCACUGCUGCUGUUCAUUGGGAGUGUGUUGAUCUUUUUAAAAGUGUUUUACUUCAACCUGCCUGGAAACAAGAGAGCAGGCUGUGUACCACCCAGAGGCAGCUUCGAGACACUGAGAGAGCAUCAAAGACAUAAAGGAGGAAGAGAAAGACUGACGCUGAUAAAGAAGAGAGGAUAACUCGACGCAGAAGACUGAAAGGGAGACUUUAGUGAUGGCUGAGGCACAGCAGCAGCAGCAGCCGGAGGAGGAAGAGGAGGAGGAGGAGGAGCAACAACAGAGCCCUGUGGAGGCGACCGAGACUGAUGAAGGGUCUGAGGAACCGCAGAAGAGUGUCCACAAGAACCUGACCCGACCUCUACUGUCCAUGAGGUCCAUGAGCAUUGUGGACCCGGACGACAACUCCCCCAACAUGAUCGUCUACAGAAAGAUUGAGGACAUUGUCACUCUCAUCCAGGAUGAAGUGGACGGCGUGCCCAUCAGAACUGUGAAAAGUUUCAUGACCAAAAUCCCCAGCGUUGUUACAGGUACAGAUAUUGUACAGUGGCUGAUGAAGAACCUGUCCAUUGAGGAUCCAGCUGAGGCCAUGCACGUCGGGAGUCUCAUUGCAGCUCAGGGGUACUUCUUCCCUAUCUCAGACCACGUCCUCUCCCUCAAAGACGACGGCGCUUUCUACCGCUUUCAGGCACCGUAUUUUUGGCCGUCCAACUGUUGGGAGCCUGAGAACACAGACUAUGCCAUUUACCUGUGCAAGCGGACCAUGCAGAACAAGACCAGGCUGGAGCUGGCAGAUUAUGAGGCGGAGAACCUAGCCAGGCUGCAGAGAGCCUUUGCCAGGAAGUGGGAGUUUAUCUACAUGCAGGCUGAGGCCCAGGUCAAGAUCGACAGGAAAAAGGAUAAAACCGAGAGGAAGAUCCUUGACAGUCAGGAGAGAGCCUUCUGGGACGUCCAUAGACCUGUGCCCGGAUGUGUGAACACGACAGAGAUGGACAUCAGGAAAUGUAGACGCAUGAAGAACCCCCACAGAGUUAAGAAGUCAGUGUACGGUUUGGCGGAGGAGGGAACACCGUCUCAGAGUCCCAUACACACUCCCUUGCAUCACUGCAGGAAAGGCACCAAGGAGGAUGUAGAGAAAGAGAUCUUAUUCCUGAACACCCAGCUAGACCGUCACCGUAUGAAGAUGUCGAAAGUUGCUGAAAGUCUGAUAAGCUACACCGAGCAGUACAUGGACUAUGACCAGUUUGUGACGGUACAGGAGCCGUCCAACCCCUGGACCAGCGAUGACCCCUCCCUCUGGGAUCUGGAGGCCAGUAAGGAGCCCAGUCAACAGAGGGUGAAGAAGUGGGGCUUCUCUCUGGAGGAGGCCCUGAAGGACCCGGCAGGACAGGAGCUCUUCCUAAAGUUCCUGGAGUCAGAGUUUAGCUCAGAAAACCUGCGGUUCUGGUUGGCUGUGCAGGCCCUGAAGAGGAUGCCCCAGCAGGAAGUUGCCCAGAGGGCGCAGGAAAUUUGGGCCGAGUUUCUGGCAGAGGGAGCACCCAGUUCCAUAAACCUGGACUCUCACAGCUAUGAACGCACGAGCCAAAACCUGAAAGACCCCGGACGAUACAGCUAUGAGGACGCACAGGACCACAUCUACAAGCUGAUGAAAAGUGACAGCUAUACACGCUUCUUGCGCUCCAGCGUGUACCAGGACCUGCUGAGGAAGAAAGUAUGCCCUGAAACCGAGCAGGGGCGACGCACCUCCCUGGAGAAGUUCACUCGUAGUGUGGGCAAGUCACUGACGGGCAAACGACUGACGGGCCUCAUGCAGUCGUCCUGACCAGGCCUGGAUGAAGAGUAGGUGGAACCAUACCCAGAAGAGCUGCUUACCCCUGGGGAGCAGGUGGAAAAAAGACCCUGGGGUGUUUGGGUGUGGGAGGCGGAUGACGGCUCCCAACAUGCCUAGACAGCCGGACUGGACCGCCAUCCACGUUUGAAACUCACCUUGGAUCAGUUCAAGAAGACUGACGGCAUGCAAUAAGUCACCAGACCUGACAUCAGGACAGUGCUGUCACAUUGCAGAGGAUAAACAAUGCUGCUCUCCUUAGGAGGUUUCUACUCUUAAGCCGGCACCACGCAGGUUUUGUUGUUUCUCCCUAGUUGUUUUUGUCUACUAUCUACACCCAUGUUAAUAUGGUAGCUUAAGGGGCUAUCGCUUUACUUUCACUUGUUGUUAAUCUUGUGUCAUCCCACUGAUGUGUUUGGUGGUGGUGGCGGUGAAAUGUCACAGUACUGGCAAAAAUAAUCUGAACAAAAACGUGCUUUAAAUGAGCGAUCUGAUAUAAUGUUAGGCUUUAUUCUAUCUUCACAACAUUCCACUUCAGGCGGUCGCAACACGGUGUCAGUGGGCUGACCUCGAACCAUUCUUCACCUUCUACUAUAAAGAGGACCAUGAUAAUAAAAGAGGAAUGCACAACAAA